UUCUAUAUAUAUGUGUGUUUAUAUAUUUUUGGUCUCAACUCUCAAUGCUAAAUGUGUUUCUCUUGGUGUCCAAGAUUGUAAGAGGCAGCUUCCUGCUCAUGAAGGAAACACUGAGGUACUUGGCAGGCACUGCAGGCCCAAGUGGUUAUGGCUCAAACUCAACAGCUGAGCAAGUCACUCAAGAUUUUGCCUGCUUUGUCUCUCCCAAUUUAACUGCUAUCAUCACUGGGGCUACCUCAGGUAUUGGAGUUGAAACUGCUAGAGUAUUGGCUAAGAGAGGUGUGCGACUUGUGAUUCCUGCAAGAGACUUGAAAAAAGCAGCUGAAGUGAAGGAAACAAUACAGAAGGAGACUCCAAAAGCAGAGAUAAUGAUAUUUGAGACUGAUUUAAGUUGCUUUGCUUCUGUGAAGAGAUUUUCUUCUGAUUUUCUUGCUUUAGGAUUACCUCUCAAUAUUCUAAUAAAUAAUGCUGGGAUAUUUUCUCAGAAUUUGGAAUUUUCUGAAGACAAAAUUGAGAUGACAUUCGCUACAAAUUACUUAGGACAUUUUUUGUUGACAGAAUUGCUAAUAGAGAAAAUGGUAGAAACAGCAGAAGUGACAGGCAUCCAGGGGAGAAUAAUAAAUCUUUCUUCUGUAAUUCACAGUUGGGUGAAAAGAGAUUCUUUUUGCUUCAAUCAAAUGCUAAACCCAAAGAACUACAAUGGCACACGUGCGUAUGCUCAAUCCAAACUGGCAAAUAUUUUACAUGCCAAGGAAAUGGCUAGACAGCUGAAGGCAAGGAAUGCAAGAGUAACAAUCAACGCAGUGCAUCCAGGCAUUGUGAAAACAGGAAUAAUCAGAGCUCACAAGGGUUUAAUCACAGAUUCCCUGUUCUUCAUUGCGUCCAAGUUACUAAAAUCAACAUCUCAGGGUGCAUCAACCACAUGUUAUGUUGCGUUGAGUCCGCAGACAGAAGGUGUAAGUGGCAAAUACUUUGCAGACUGUAAUGAAAGCAGCUGCUCAGCUCUGGCCUGUGACGAAUCUGAGGCACAGAAACUCUGGAAGCACACCAGAGCACUCAUCAACAGACGAGUCUAUCACCCACCAGCUUGAUAUAUAUAUAUAUAUAUAUAUAUACACUUUAAAAGUAGAGAUUUUAGGAGCCAUAUUGUAUAUAAACUUGUUUAUUAGAUGCAAUUUAAUUGUAAUUAGUGAUAAUCUUUUAGUUGAAGAUGGAAAAUAAAAGGGAUUGUAUAAUUCCUGUGUAUGCUAGUAAAAUAACAUGCUGCAAAGAUUAGUUCACAAAUUGCCAAAUUCAGAGCUGAGUUUACAAUAAAUUACUUUUUAUUUCCUGAGC